UCGCCCACAACUUCCUUCAUGGAUGCAGUGGAGAAAGCAAAUGCGGAACGUCAAAAACGAUGGGUAAAAGACCAGAAGAUUGGAGAGGGUACCUACGCUGUGGUCUAUCGAGGAAGGGAGGCAUCCAGUGGCAGACAGGUAGCCAUAAAGAAGAUCAAGGUCGGCUUGUUCAAAGAUGGGCUCGACAUGUCUGCUAUUCGCGAAGUGAAGUACCUGCGUGAGCUCAAGCACCAAAAUAUCAUCGAGCUGCUGGAUGUAUUCUCUUCGAAAACAAAUCUCAAUCUUGUACUCGAGUUCCUAGAAUCCGACUUGGAGCGUGUGAUCAAGGACAGGUCCCUCGUAUUCCUUCCCGCUGAUAUCAAAAGCUGGAUGGCAAUGACUUUCCGUGGACUCGAGUUUUGCCACCGGAAUUGGAUACUGCAUCGGGAUCUCAAACCCAACAACUUGCUUAUCGCCUCUGACGGUCAGCUCAAGAUCGCUGAUUUUGGUUUAGCUCGCGACUUUGCAGACCCGGGCUACAAAAUGACCUGUCAAGUUAUCACUAGGUGUGUGUGUGCAGCUGUUGGCUACAGUCGCGACUCUGACAUCAACCAUGGAUGGUAUCGUCCUCCGGAAUUGCUGUUUGGUAGCCGCUAUUAUUCGACUGCAGUUGACAUCUGGUCUGUUGGGUGCAUUUUCGCUGAACUCAUGCUUCGGACUCCCUACCUCGCGGGAGAAAGCGAUAUGGACCAGCUCAACACGAUAUUCCGCGCGCUUGGCUCUCCCACUGAACAGGAUUGGCCAGGUCACACCAAAUUACCAGACUAUGUGCCCAUCGGUCAUUUUACUCGGGCACCGCUGCGAGAUCUCUUCACAGCCGCCAGUGUUGACGCUUUGAACCUCCUUACACAAUGUUUGAUCUAUGAACCCAAGAAACGAAUCACCGCCAAAGACGCUCUCAGUCAUGCUUACUUUUUCGCUCCUCCGUAUCCAUCACACCCGUCUAAACUUCCGAAAACAUCUCCUCCCGUGAAUACCACACAACCAUUGGACGAAAUCGACGGCAACACGCUUUCAGGCAAGAACAACCGGAAACGUAAAUUGAGCUCUUCAACGGACGAAACCAAGACACGUUCUGCUGUUGCUCGGCGCUUAGACUUCACGAAAACGACCCCAGGCUCAUAA